CAGCAGAUUCUCUGCAUCCAGGCAUCAGACAGAAUCAUCCAGAGCUGGAAUCAAACCUUCAACCACUUGAAGAUGAAGCCCUUCAGUGUAGCAGUUGUGGUGGCCGUGAUGGUGGUUGUUGUGUGUGUUCACCAGAGUUCUGCUCUUCCACUCAGUGAUGUGGAAGAAGAACAGGAGAUGAUGAUGGAGAGUCCUGCAGCAGAACAAGAGCAAAUGUCCCUGAACAUCUGGGAGAUGCCGCACAGCAGGCAGAAACGCCGCACCAAGUGUCGCUUCUGCUGCGGCUGCUGUGGUGAUCCUGGUGUGUGUGGAACCUGUUGCAAAAAACGCUUUUGAACAAUGUGCUUUGAUUUCCCAUCCUGCUCCAGCAUAUCCAUUCUGUCCUGUGAGAAAAUAAAACACAUGACACUAAAACGCUGCUAUUUCU